GGGCGGGGCCGGUGCCGGUGCGAGGCCGUGCCGGUGCCGGUGCGUGGGGCGGGGCCGUGGCCGUGCCGUGCCGUGCCGGUGCGUGGGGCCGUGCCGGGGCCGGGGCCGGUGCGUGGGGCGGCGCGGCCCCAUGAGGCGGUGAGGCGGCGAUGGCGGCGGGCGGCGGCGGGCGGCCGCCGGGCCCCGACCCCUCGCUGGAGCCCUACGUGCAGACCCGCAUCUUCAAGAUCAUCGUGAUCGGAGACUCCAACGUGGGCAAGACGUGCCUGACCUUCCGCUUCUGCGGGGGCACCUUCCCCGACAAGACCGAGGCCACCAUCGGCGUGGACUUCCGCGAGAAGACGGUGGAGAUCGAGGGGGAGCGCAUCAAGGUGCAAGUGUGGGACACGGCCGGGCAGGAGCGGUUUCGGAAGAGCAUGGUGGAGCACUACUACCGCAACGUGCACGCCGUCGUCUUCGUUUACGACGUCACGAAGAUGGCCUCCUUCACCAACCUCAAGACGUGGAUCGAGGAGUGCAACGGGCACGCGGUGCCCCCCCUCGUCCCCAGGGUGCUCGUGGGGAACAAGUGUGACUUGAAGGACCUGAUCCAAGUGCCAUCCAGCAUGGCCCUGAAGUUCGCCGACGCUCACAACAUGCUUUUGUUUGAGACCUCGGCCAAGGACCCUAAGGAGAGCCAGAACGUGGACGCCAUUUUCAUGUGCCUGGCCUGCCGGCUGAAGGCGCAGCGCUCGCUGCUCUGCCGGGACCUGGAGGGGCGGCCGGGCCAGGCCCGCCGGCUGGAGCCAGCGCACGACGCCGGCGGGAAAAACUCCUGCCCGUGCUGAGCGGGGCCCCUUCGCCCGCUGUCACGGCCCCCCAAUAAAGGCUCGGCCCCCCAAUAAAGGCUCGGCCCCCCAAUAAAGGCUCUGCCCCCCCGGC